GCCAAUCGUAGCUUUCUUUGGGCGGAGUGUUUAAAGUCAAGUGUAGUUCACCACUGGCAAAGUUUGCAACAACAGAAACAAAAUGCUGGAAAGCAAAAUAAUAAAGUUAACAGUGCGCGACGUAAGAUUCCCGACGUCACUGGAACAACAUGGAUCUGAUGCAAUGCACACCGACCCAGAUUACUCAGUCGCAUAUGUUGUUCUCGAGACGGACUCGGACGCUGCACUGAAGGGUUACGGCUUGACUUUUACUGUCGGAAGAGGGACGGAAAUAGUGGUGUGUGCAGUUAAAGCCUUAUCUACUCUGGUGGUGGGGAAGACUUUGAAGGAGAUAGUGAGUGACUUCAGAGGCUUCUACAGACUCCUGAGCAGUGAUGGUCAGAUGAGAUGGGUUGGACCAGAAAAAGGAGUAAUUCAGCUGGCGACAGCAGCCAUUCUGAAUGCUGUCUGGGAUUUAUGGGCACGAGUGGAGGGCAAGCCCUUGUGGAAGCUACUUGUAGACAUGGAUCCAGCCAAGUUGAUCAGCUGUAUUGAUUUUAGAUACAUCACAGAUGCACUGACUGAGCAGGAAGCUUUAGAUAUAUUGGUAAAAGCAAAAAAGGGUCAGAAAAGUAGAGAGGAGCAGAUGUUAAAGGAAGGCUAUCCUGCCUACACCACUUCCUGUGCCUGGCUGGGAUACACUGAUCAACAACUAACCCAGCUCUGCUCUGAAGCUCUUGCCCAAGGCUGGACUAAAUUUAAAGUGAAGGUUGGGGCUGAUUUGCAGGAUGACAUCCGUAGAUGCAGCCUUAUCCGGAAGUUGAUUGGACCAAACAACACCCUGAUGAUUGAUGCCAACCAACGUUGGGAUGUUAAUGAAGCGAUUACUUGGGUAACCAAGCUGGCAGAAUUUCACCCUCUAUGGAUUGAGGAACCCACGUGUCCUGAUGAUGUUUUAGGCCAUGCUUCCAUCUCUAAGGCACUUGCUCCCUUGGGUAUUGGAGUCGCCACUGGAGAGCAGUGCCAUAACAGAGUGAUGUUUAAGCAGUUUCUCCAGGCCGCAGCUCUACAGUUUGUUCAGAUUGACAGUUGUCGGGUGGGCAGUGUGAAUGAGAACCUUGCCAUCAUACUCAUGGCUGCCAAGUUUAAUGUUCCAGUGUGUCCUCAUGCCGGGGGUGUGGGACUGUGUGAGCUCGUUCAGCACCUUAUUUUAUUUGACUACAUUUCAGUGUCUGCUAGUUUAAAUAAUAGGAUGUGUGAGUAUGUGGAUCACCUUCAUGAACAUUUCAAAAGCCCCACCGUCAUCAGAAAUGCCGCCUACAUACCACCAAAGGACCCUGGAUACUCUUGUGAAAUGCUGGAAGAGUCUGUGCAAAAACAUCAGUAUCCUGAGGGUGAGGUUUGGAGAGCCGUAGAGCAGCAGGGGAAACAAUAAAUAUGAACACAUACUGUAUGUGCAACUGACUGCGAUGGAAAUAACAUUACUACUUCCAUAAUGAAGUCCUGUCAGAUUGUCUUGUUUGAGUUGAUUGGCAGUGCAAAUGAAUGAGAAGGGGAAAUGGAUAAUGAAAUGGAAAUUUUAUAAUUUUAUAAGUCCUUUAUAAGUUUGAUCAACUCACAAUUGAAUGUUCCUAAAAGAUAAAUGCUUAUGCUGCAGUCUGAAAUGAUGAAAUGUACUCUGUGGCCAAAGAGGGAAAUGGAACAAGUGUAUGCUAAAACUACUGCUGUCUUGAUUUACAAGUCUAGUUUUGGGAAAUGACUAACAAUGGGGAAUUUUAUUUGCUUAUUACAGUUUUUUUUUAAAUUGCUUACACACUAAAAGUUGUAUUUGAGGCACACUCAGUGAAACCAUUCACUCAUAUACCAAAUCUUCAGACCAAGUCUGCAAAACUAAAUACAGUUCUCUAAAUUAGAUGCAUUCAAAAUGAAUGCAGUGAUAUCGCGUGGCACCUGAAAAUAGUCCCCAGCUAGUUUGUGUAGUUGCAGCAAUAGCAGAGUUGCUGGGAACUAUUUUCAGGUGCUGCGUAGUAUUAUUUUUGUGCCUGCUGCACCCAUGGUACGACUGUAACGUUCCUUGAUUAUUACGCUGGAAUAAGAUUAUAGUUCCUAGCCAUAUCAGCCUAGAAAAUCACAACUUUUCAUUUUCCACCGGUCUCGGUGCAUCAUGUAUCUACAGAAGUAAAGUUUUAAAUAGGAAAAAUAUCAAAACUCUCUGGUCAUUUUUUAGUGAGAUGCUAACGGUCUAAUCAGAUUCAAUGAUCUAUGCUAAGCUAAGCUAAAAAUGCUACCACUAGACCCGGAGAUUGAAUAAAGCAUUAAAAUAGUUCUGAAAUAAAUAUUUGCUUUUGCAUUACGUUUUUUUUUUGUAGAGUUUAGAGAAAACAAGCCAUGGUUGCAGAAAGUGUGUGCAAGCAAUUGUAAAAACAUAAAUAAUGGGGAAGAUUGGUGUGUGUAAACAAUCAAAUCAAAGUAAACGUACUGUAUUUUUUCUAUUUUAGUUUUCUUUUUCUAAAGUGAUUCCUGUUAAUAAACAUGAAUAAGAGAAA